UAAGUUACGAUUGAAAAAUAAUGACACAAUUAAGUGUUUUUUUAUUAUAAUGAUAACAUAAAUAAAUUAUUUCAUAACAUAAAUAAAUUAUUUCUAACAAUUAGAUUAAGUAUUUGUACCUUUUUAUGUAGAAUAAAUACCGACAACGUCUUAAAGCCCAAAAAACAGAAAAGCAACCAAUAGAAUAGAAGUGGGAAGAAAGCACCAUUCUUUCCUCCUAGCAGAAGCUAAAGGUCCUUCUGUCUCUCUUCUCUCUUCUCUCUUCAAUCUCUGAAUCACAAAAAAAUAAAAAAAUAAAACACAUAAUUUGGAAAAGAAACCCAUUAUUGAUGGAAACCCAAUAACAAAUUCCCACAAAAACCCACAAAUUCAAACACACAUAGUGUUAAAUUUGAAAAAAAAAAUAAAAUCCAUCCGUUCUUGAUUUCACUGAAUAAAAAUUUGGUCUUUUUAUUUUUUCAAGAAUGGAGUUGGAUAGUAUUGAAUGUGUAUCAUCUUCAGAUGGUGUAGAUGAUGAUGAGAUCCCUUUACAUCAUCCACAUAUUAUUCAUUCUCAAUAUUCAUCUUCAAAGAUACCUAACAACAACAAUAAUAUUAAUAUUAGUAGCAGUAAUAAUGAUGGUGUUGCAGCAAUUCAUUCUACAACAAGUGUUCAUGAACUUCUUGAAUGUCCCGUUUGUACCAAUUCUAUGUACCCUCCAAUCCAUCAGUGUCAUAAUGGACACACAAUCUGUUCGACAUGUAAAGCCAGGGCACACAACCGAUGUCCCACCUGUAGACAGGAGCUUGGCGAUAUCAGAUGUUUAGCACUGGAAAAGGUGGCUGAAUCACUUGAGCUCCCUUGCAAAUAUGGCUCUGUUGGGUGUCCUGAGAUAUUUCCUUAUUACAGUAAGCUAAAACAUGAGUUAGUUUGCAACUUUAGACCAUACAACUGCCCGUAUGCUGGGUCUGAGUGCUCAGUUGUUGGUGAUAUUCCUUACUUGGUUGCUCAUUUGAGGGAUGAUCACAAGGUAGACAUGCACUCAGGAUGCACUUUCAACCAUCGGUAUGUCAAAUCUAAUCCUCGAGAAGUGGAAAAUGCUACGUGGAUGUUAACAGUUUUCAAUUGUUUUGGUCAGUGCUUCUGUCUCCAUUUUGAAGCCUUCCAGCUGGGAACAGCUCCUGUUUACAUGGCAUUUCUUCGUUUUAUGGGAGAUGAGAUGGAGGCUCGAAACUAUAGCUACAGCCUGGAAGUUGGGGGUAAUGGAAGAAAACUUACCUGGGAGGGUACGCCCCGAAGCAUAAGAGACAGUCAUAGGAAAGUAAGGGAUAGCCAUGAUGGGCUUGUCAUACAACGUAACAUGGCCCUUUUCUUUUCUGGAGGGGAGAGAAAGGAGCUUAAGUUACGAGUAACUGGAAGGAUAUGGAAGGAACAACAGAACCCUGAAGGGGGAGCAUGUAUGCCCAACCUCUGUACUUGAUACUGGUUUUGAAGUCUCUCACCUACUGUUCUUGCUGUCGCAUGUACUGAUUAUUUUUCAAGACAUAAACAGAUUCAGACAUUGAAGAUUGUUCUAAAAAUGCGUGGAAAGUUGUGUUCAUAUGUAUGAACUGACCUGUGUAUUUUUGUUAUUAACACUUGCAAGAGCUUUACCAUAGACAUUUAACUUGUGUCUUCUAACC